AUCUCCAUACAUGCUUCACAUACAGGUAUACAUGCACAUACAUACAUGCUUCUAUAUCUACUUCUAUAUGGCAACCAGAGAAUAGAUCAUCGAAAGCAACGUGUCUGUGCUUGAGAGGACCAAAUUAAGCCUGAUCUCCUCUUUAUAGAGAUCGAUAUAUGGCUGAUAACAGGGGCAAUAAAUUAAGCAUUAGGGAAGGAUUUAAGUACCAUUUCGAUGGUGCUAGCAGUACUGCUUCGGGUGAAGAUGCGGCCCUGAAAGAGCAAGAUCAGUUGCAGCUCCCCAUAGCUAAUGUUGGGAGGAUCAUGAAGCAGAUUCUUCCUCCAAACGCCAAAAUCUCCAAGGAAGCCAAAGAAACCGUGCAAGAGUGUGUUUCCGAGUUCAUCAGCUUUGUUACUGGAGAAGCCUCGGACAAGUGUCACAGGGAGAAGCGCAAGACAGUGAACGGGGAUGAUAUCUGUUGUGCCAUGGCAACCCUAGGAUUUGAUGACUAUGGAGAGCCGUUGAGAAGGUAUUUGGAUAGGUAUAGGGAGUUGGAAGAGGAGAGAGCCCAACAAGGCAAGUUCUGCAACACUGAAGAAAAGAACAUGAAGCAUGGUAACAAUCUCUAGUACUCUUAUAUAUAUUUAUAAACAUUUUGAUGCUGAUCGUGAUAUCUUAGACACUUCAUCAUGUUCACAUAGUAGGUUGGUGGGGGUGGGGGAGAGGGCUGAUUUUAGGUACUACUUGUGUGCAAACUGAUUAUUGACUAUGGAUCUUCAAUUGAUCAAUGUUCUUAGCUUAGGUAUUAUAUGAAAUUAAUCAAAUUCUUGUGUCCUUUUUUCUGGAUUAAUUAUGAGGUUAAUUUGUUGCAUGAAACGUGACAAGAAAUUAAAUAUGACCAAAUCUCAAUAUAAUUACUAAGUUUUUUAUUAGUUGUGAAAAUAUCAUGUGUCUGCAUAUAUAAGUGUCUUAUAUAUACUAGUGGUGGGGUUUUAUUAAUUAUACUUUUAGAUCUUUGGGAAAUUCAUGUAUGAUCAUGAUCAAGUUUUCUAGAUCGAUCAGAGAUAGGGUCACCAGCUUGGUCCCAAUUCACAACAAUAUAUAAGAACAAUACUGAAAAACUUGAGGUUGAUUAACUUCAGAUGUGAUUGAUGAGCCCAACAAUAAAUAGUACUCAUGUAGUCAUGUGAUAUUUGCAGUAGUUCCAGGUUUGGUAAAUGUGGGUACGUUUGGUGGUUGAUGGUGGCGCUGGAUGUGGUGGGAUCGACGAGGUGGUUGGGGAUCUCUGUGGAUCGAUCGAGGGUCUGAGUCCAUUGUUGUUUUGCCUUUUGUUUGUUUGUUAUGAUCAGAAAGUUUUUAAGUGAAUCAAAUCACUUGAAUUUGAAUAUUGAUCAUGAAUAAAUCGUUGGGGAAGAGACUAGAGAUCUAGAGAUCAGAGGGUGAGUCGUCAGUACUUGAAUUUGCUAUGUCGGUGGAAGUACCGGGCUUCAUGACUGACUUUGAAGUCAUGUUCGAGUACUAGAUCGAGCUAUAAAAGAUUAAUUUGAAUGAACUGUACGGAACCGGCCAUAUUCUAAAAACCUCAAAGAAUGAGAAACGGCCAACAAGAUUCAACCUCGGGAACAAUAUUCUUUAAGUCUCCAACAAAAAUACUCUUCUGGACCACCUGAUCAUAAAAACUAGAAGGAACGGAGGGAACAGAGAAAUAUGCUGCAUCUUUCACAUAAGGGUACUGAUCGAUCAUGUUAUAGGGCAGCAAUCACGUGUAGCUUUAUCGGCUUUUUGGAGCUACAUUGGGCGCCGGUGAACUAGUCUUUUCUAAACUCAAAUGAGUUUAGUCCUGCGAUAGAUGAUUGUCUAAGAUGUCAUGGUCUUUGGGAAGAUUUGUUCUUGUAUAGAGAUAAAAAGGAAGAGAUCUAGAAAACAAUGCAUGGGAGUCAAAACUAUUUUAUGGCUUUUAAACUAGCUAGGGUUUCUCAUCUCAUAUUAAUUAGGCUCUACAUGAAACAUAUAUAUAUAUAUAUAUAUAUAUAUAUAUACUGCCUCGUGUGUUUUUCUUCAUGAUCAUUGCAAAACAGAAGCGAGAUUAAUGGCAUGAUCAGAUUUUAUACAGGAAAGAGUGGAUUAAUAUAUAGAACCUAGAUGCUAUUGAACCAGUGGUAUUACUAGCUGGCUAGCUAGCUAGGCACUGAACUAGUUAGAUAGAUUUGGAUAUCAGAAUACCUUGUGUCUUUUAUAAUUGCAAGGGAAUUUAUAAGUACUUGCCCUUGGCAUGG